AUGUCGAACCCCUUUGAUGAUGAGGAUUAUGACUACCCUUACGAUGGUAGUCCUUCCAAGAGAACAUUGUUGUCCCAACCAAAGCCAACAUUAGCAAACUCUUCUCCAAAGAAAUACAAUCAAUCCGCCUAUUCUUCAAACUUCAAUGCAUUCCCAGAUGAUGGUUAUGAUGAAGAAUCUGUUUCCAGAAGUUCUUCUCCUUCAAAAGCUAAAACCAGAUACUCUCCUGCUGUUUCAUUCAACAGAAGAAGUCAAAUGCAAAUGCCUGACAAUGCUAGUUUCACCACUUCACCAACUAUCUUCAACUCUUCCACCCAAGGUAAUAAUUUUGUUAAGGCUGCUAUGGAGAACAAUAAUGAUCAGAAUGAUAAUUUCUUGAGCAGAUCGCCAACUCAUAGAUCGAACUGGACAAGACUAGAAUCGCCGAAAAGAUCUAAGCAUACUUCCGUCAUCAUGGAAGACUAUAACGAAGACGAUAACUACUCUUUAAGUAGUUCCCCACUUAGAAGAUCUCCAACAAUAACAUCUAGAUCAACCACAACAAGCUCGAGGCUCUUAUCUCCUCCAAAGCCAAUAUUUGACUCUGCCGCUUUUGCUAAAGCCAAUGGUAGUGAACUCAACCUAUCUGGAAAUGCUCCAGAUUUAAAACCUUAUGAUAAUUAUCUGGAGGUUUCCAACGAUCCAUUCAAUGACAGAAAUGCUGCACAGUCUCAAUUUGAAGAUAUCAACAUGGCAGAUGUCAACUCCCAAAGCAAAUAUUCUUAUGAAAAUAGUGAUACAAUUUCUUACGAUGGAAGUUUAUCUAAGGAAAAAUAUGAAGUAGCUUCGUCUCUGGCCUCCAUGUCAACAGCUGAUUUCAAUUAUGAUGAAUAUACCGGAAGAAAACAAAUUGUUGCGAUGAAUAACAAUAGUUUAGAUCAACAAUCAGCAAUCCAUAGUCUAGAUGGUAACAUGCACGCUGAUAUCCCAUUGACCCAUCAACCAAGAAGAAAUAGAGCUUUGAGAAAAGAAUUCAAGUUGGAAAGAGGUAAUUUAGUCUUAGAAAACCCUGUUCCUACAAAGUUAGCAAGUUUCUUGCCGAGACGUGACGAUGAUGAGUUCUUGUUCAUGAGAUAUACCGCAUGUACCUCAGACCCAGAUGAUUUCAUUAAGAAUGGAUUCACUUUAAGAUCUGCUAAGUAUGGUAGAGAAACCGAGAUUGUCAUUUGUAUCACCAUGUACAAUGAAGACGAACUAUCUUUUGCCAGAACCAUGCAUGCCGUUAUGCAAAAUAUUUCCCAAUUAUGCUCCAGACGUAGAUCAAGAAUCUGGAGUGAUGAAGGGUGGAAAAAAGUUCAAGUUGUGAUUGUCAGUGAUGGUAGAGCAAAAAUUUCGCCUGGUGUUUUGGAAGUUUUGGCAGCAAUGGGUGUUUACCAAGAUGGUAUUGCCAAAUCUUUUGUUAACUCCAAAGAAGUCAAAGCCCAUCUUUUCGAAUACACCACCCAAGUCUCAAUAGACACAGAUUUGAAAUUCCAAGGUGCUGAAAGAGGAAUGGUCCCAGUGCAAAUUCUAUUCUGUUUGAAGGAAAAGAAUCAAAAGAAAAUUAAUUCUCAUAGAUGGUUAUUCAAUGCUUUUUGUCCAGUUAUGGAUCCAAAUGUUUGUGUUUUAUUGGAUGUCGGUACUAGACCAGAUAAGGACUCCAUCUAUCAUUUGUGGAAAGCUUUUGAUAAUGAUUCGAAUGUGGCUGGUGCUGCCGGUGAAAUCAUUGCCAUGAAGGAAAGAGGUGGUUUGAACUUGUUGAAUCCAUUGGUUGCUUCCCAAAACUUUGAAUAUAAAAUGUCUAAUAUUUUGGAUAAGCCGUUAGAAUCUGUGUUUGGUUAUAUUUCAGUGUUGCCAGGUGCUUUAUCUGCUUAUAGAUAUUGUGCUCUCAAGAAUCACCCUGAUGGAACUGGGCCUCUAUUUUCCUACUUUAAAGGUGAGACAUUAUCCGGUGGUGCUACAAGAGAUGUUUUCUCUGCUAAUAUGUACUUGGCAGAAGAUAGAAUUUUGUGUUGGGAAUUAGUGGCAAAGAAAUCGGAAAAAUGGGUCUUGAAAUACGUUAAACAGGCAAAAGGUGAAACAGAUGUUCCAGACAGCUUGCCUGAAUUUAUUUCUCAGAGAAGAAGAUGGCUAAAUGGUGCAUUGUUUGCUGCCUUGUACUCGCAGCUCCAUUUCAGACAAGUUUGGAAAACCGAUCAUUCAUUUGUGAGAAAGUUUUUCUUACAUAUAGAAUUCUUCUAUCAAUUCAUCCAGCUUUUAUUCUCUUUCUUCUCUUUGGGUAAUUUCUAUUUGGCCUUCUAUUUCUUGGCUGGUUCUUUGGCCAACACCGAUGUUAUUCCACACAAUGGUGGGUAUUGGAUCUUCACCAUCUUGAAUUAUUUCUGUCUCUGUGACUUGACUAGUAUUUUCAUCAUUUCUAUGGGUAAUAGACCUCAAGGUGCUAAACACUUAUAUUUUGCUAGUAUGAUUAUUUUGACCAUCUGUGCCCUUUACAGUAUGGCUUGUGGUUUCUACUUUGUUGGUAAAACCUUGAAGGAUGGACAUAGUGAUUCUGCGUCUGAGACAACAUUUAUAAACAUCGUGAUCUCGUUGUUGUCCACAUAUGGUCUUUAUGCUUUUACUUCGUUUAUUUACAUGGAUCCAUGGCACAUAUUCACCAGUUCUAUCCAAUAUUUCCUCAUGUUACCAUCUUACACUUGCACGUUGCAAAUCUAUGCCUUUUGUAACACCCAUGAUGUUUCUUGGGGUACUAAAGGUGAAAACAAACCAACAACCGAUUUAGGGAGAGCCAUCAUCAAAACUGAUAAAGCUGGUCAUGAAGUUGUUGAGGUAGAGAUUCCAAGUGAGCAAUUAGAUAUAGAUAGUGGUUAUGAAGAAAUCUUAUUCAACUUGAGAUCUAGAAGACAAACUCCUAGAGGCAUCAAAUCUUUGUCCGAAAAAGAAGUUCCUGAAGAAGAUUAUUAUAGAGAUAUUAGAACUAGAGUUGUGUUAUUCUGGUUGUUGAGCAACAUGUUGUUGGUUAUGAUCGUCACCCAAGUUUAUAGUAUUAAAGAUACCAGCAGUAACAAGUACUUGGCGUUUAUUCUCUGGUCAGUGGCUUGUCUCGCAGCAUUCAGAGCUUUUGGCUCAGUGUUGUACUUGAUACACUUGUGUAUGCGUUGGGUUGUGGAAUCUAAACAUAAAUUGGAUGAUGGUGGUUUCACAUUCAAUCUUCCGACUCCAAAAAUCAAUUUGAGCUUUGGGAACCGCUGA